AAAACAUGUUGCAUGUUUUUUUAUUCUUAUCAGCAAAUAAGGAAUAUAAUAGGAAAGCCUGCUGAGAAUACUUAUUGCAAGAUAAGUCUUCGCCAAGUAGUCAUCUGAAUCGGACGAUGGAGUGCCGCUGGACCAUUGGAGUGAUUCUGCUUAUCCAAAUCGAUGUGUGGCCAACAAUGGGAAGUGCAUCAAACCGGCGGUUGUGAAAGGGGGGGAGCUUAAAUGGAAAAUCUGCCUUUGGACCCUAUGGAUUACGCACAGAAUGGCGAGUUUCCCUGGACAAUCGCACUAUUCAGCAGGGGUUCGUUCUUUGGAGGAGGCUCCCUGAUUGCCCCCGGGGUUGUGCUCACGGCAGCCCACCUGCUGCUGUCCAAGACCUCACAUGAGAUUGUGGUCAGAGCUGGCGAAUGGGACAUGGCGUCCGUGGACGAACCGCAACGGCAUCAGGAACGCCGUGUGGUCAGGGUGGCUCGACACGAAGACUUCCAGUACAAGACUGGGGCAAACGACAUAGCGCUUCUAUACCUGGACUCUCCAUUUGAACUUAAAGACGACAUCCAGUCCAUCUGCUUGCCUCUUCAAGGGGCGUUCAUUGACCAGACACACUGUUUGGUGUCCGGAUGGGGAAAGCGAUUUUUUAACGACUCUCAAGUGUCGAGCAUACAAAAGAAAGUCGAGUUACCCAUAGUGAACAGAGGAGAUUGCCAGAAUAUGUUGAGGAAAACCAGGUUAGGAGCCAGGUUUCAGCUGGCCAGCAGUCUCAUUUGUGCCGGCGGAGAGAAGGACAAGGAUGUCUGCAAUGGCGACGGUGGUUCCGCGUUGGUUUGUUCCCCUGACGUAAUCUUCGCUAGAUUUCAGCAGGUCGGGAUCGUGGCCUGGGGCGUCGGCUGCGGCAGGCCAAACGUCCCCACGACCUAUACAAAUGUGUCCAUGUUCCGGGAGUGGAUUUAGUGGAACUUAGUGGAACCGCUUAGGAACUGUAUUCCUAUCCACCCAAGAAUUUCGUCCUAUCAAAAAACAUACAAGCUGCUUUAAAUACCAAACUUUGCUAAUGUAAUUAUAUAUAUCGAAUCAAAUAAAUGCAUUUAUCAAAUUAAA